GUCCCUGAGUGGUCGAGCCAGAGAUCAUGAAGUGGAACCUCUUCAAAAAGAAGCCGGAAGCCAUGGUGGGCCCGGAGCCCACGGGCCUCGGCGGCACCCACCCGUCACACACCAUGACGAUGGCUCCCGCCGUCUCCACACCUGCGGACAAUUCCACCGAGUCCGAGGGACCCGUCAACAAGAAUGACGUCUUUGAGGAAAUCAAAAGCAAAUUUCUCAAUGAGAUCGAUAAAAUCCCAUUGCCUCCAUGGGCGCUCAUCGCCAUCGCUGUAGUGGCCGCCCUCCUCAUCCUCACCUGCUGCUUCUGUAUCAUUAAGAAAUGCUGCUGUAAGAAGAAGAAGAACAAGAAAGGCAAAAAGGGAAAGGACGGCUUCAACAUGAAGAACAUGCAGGGUGGAGAUAAACAACAGGAUGAUGAUGAUGAAGAAGGAGAAACUGGUUUGACGGAGGAGGAGAAAGAGGAAGAAGAAAAAGAAGUGGAGAAACUCGGAAAGCUUCAGUACUCGUUGGAUUACGACUUCCAGGAUAACAAGCUGACAGUGGGCAUCCUGCAAGCCGCGGACCUGCUCUCCAUGGACAGCGGCGGCACCUCAGACCCGUACGUCAAAGUGUUCAUUCUCCCAGACAAGAAGAAGAAGUUUGACACCAAGGUUCACAAGAAAACCCUCAACCCCGUCUUCAACGAGACGUUUCACUUCAAGAUUCCGUUCACUGAAAUGGGAGGAAAGACUCUGGUCAUGUCUGUGUACGACUUCGACCGUUUCUCCAAGCACGAUGUGAUCGGUGAGGUGAAGAUACCCAUGAACACCCUGGACCUGGCACAACCCAUCGAGCAGUGGAGAGACCUGGACAGCGCAGAGAAAGAGGAGCCUGAAAAGCUCGGAGAUAUCUGCAUCUCUCUGCGCUAUGUACCUACAGCUGGAAAACUCACCAUCUGCAUCCUCGAGGCUAAGAACCUGAAAAAGAUGGAUGUUGGAGGACUCUCAGAUCCCUACGUGAAGAUUCACCUCCUGCAAAACGGCAAGCGGCUGAAGAAGAAGAAAACGACCGUGAAGAAGAACACACUGAACCCGUACUACAACGAGUCCUUCAGCUUCGAGAUCCCACAGGACCAGAUGCAGAAAAUACAAGCUGUGAUCACGGUGCUCGACUACGAUAAGAUCGGCAAGAACGACGCCAUCGGGAAGAUCUGGGUGGGCAGCAAAGCGCAGGGCACCGAGCUCCGGCACUGGUCCGACAUGCUGGCGAACCCACGCAGGCCCAUCGCUCAGUGGCAUCCUCUCAAACCCGAGGAGGAGGUGGAUGCCACGUUAGCAGCCCUCACUGCCAAGAAGUAAUCCUGCUCUUCUUCCUUCCCUCCCUCUCUCUCUCUCUCCUUUCCCUCCCCCUUUCAUUUCCUUCACUUU